UAUCGUUUUCCCGUCAGUGCCCGCUGUCCUCUGCGUUUACACCCGCUACUAGUUGAGUUGAGCUGUCAUCCUUGUCUUUUUUCACACAGCAGUGGUUUUGCAGAACUAAAAUUUGGUGCUGAAGAAAAACAGAACACACGGCCAAGAUGUCUGAAGUCGCUCCCAAAAUUCCGAAACCGGUGCUGCGUGGUCUCCACAAUGCCACCAUCAAGCGCAACCUGAUCGUGUCCGGCGUCCUGUGCACCGUUGCCGUCGUUGCGAUGAAAGUGAUGCACAACGACCCGAAAGUGCGGGACUACGCCGAGUUCUACAAGACCUACGACGCAAACAAAGCGUUCCAGCGCAUGAAGGAUGCCGGUCUGCUGCAAUCGGUAAAGGAUUAGACAUGGCUCCUUAAGACACGCCAUCCUAGUAACUGAGCAAGAGAGAGAGAGAGAGCGAUACAUAAGAGAAAAAGUGCAUGUAUGAUACCACUGGAAGCAAGAGCCACCUUGCAGCCAAUGGAAAUCGUACAAUAAAAUAAAGUGCGGUUAAUCCAAAUCA